CUCGCUCGCUCGCUCUCCGGCUGCUUUGGCUCGGUCCUUGGCUCGGCUCGGCUGGGAGGGAGGCAGCCCGAGAGCGCUGGCGUCCCAGGCGGCCCCGGAGCAGCCAUUUCCCCCACCCCGCAGCUGUUCCGCGUGGAUGCCCAGCCAGGCGCGUCUCUUCGCCCGCCUUUGCCCUCCUUCCCGCGGGGGAAGCCAGACAGACGCCGAAACUCCCCAGGCUGGAACUGAUCUUUGAGUUGCAGUGACUCUUGGUGCCCAAUUCUUGGAAUUUGGCAGAAUUUGCUGAAACCUGCAUGCUGCUUCAUGCAGACACACGUUCUGGGUCAUGAAACUUAAUCCACAGCAAGCUCCAUUGUAUGGUGACUGCAUAAUCACCAUAUUGCUUACUGAAGAUGAUCACGUUGAAAGCGACGAUGUAAUUUUUUACCUCGUUUUUACUGGAUCCGCCCUUCAACACUGCACCAGCACUAGGAAGCUUGAUUCAGGGAGGCUGGAAACCGUUGCUCCAGGACAUGACUGUUGCGAGACGGUGAAAGUCUCUCUCUGUGCCACAAAGCAAGGUCACCCUCUUCUGGUGGUGGCUGAAGAGAGCUUGCAAUUCAUCCAGGAUGAAACUUACGAUGCGGCGCAAUUCCUGGCAUCGUGUGCUGGAAACCAGCAAGCGUUAAACUUUACACGUUUCCUGGACCGUUCCAGGCCACCUACCGGGGACUUAGAUUUUCUGGAUGAGAAAGUAACUUUGGCGUUUCGUCACCUGAAGCUGCCGACCGAGUGGAACGUGUUGGGAACAGACCACAGUCUCAACGAAAAUGUUCCCCGGGAGACGUUGUUGCAUUUUGCAGCCAGACUCGGUUUGCUGCGGCUGACGUGGUUUCUGUUGAAGCAACCAGGUGGCAGAAGCGCUGUGACCGUUCCCAACAGUGAAGGAGCCACACCGGUGAGCUUAGCCCUGGAGAGGGGCUACCAGAAACUGCAUCACAUCCUGACCAAAGAAGAAGCCAAUGAACCGGAUUCCUGGAGCACCUUGUCGCAUAUGGUACAUUCUGGGGACUCCUGCGUCAAGUACCACCAAGGUUUAAACAUUUACACUCUGACAGUUGAAAUGAAGGAAGGAGACCAAUUGAACAUGGAGAAAGAUAUCGCUCGACUGCAGCUGCUCGUCCAGAAUCUCCAGCGUACGAAUGUGAAUGAAGACCGUUGUCCAGCGCAGACCUGUGACGACUGUGGUUUGGAUCCUGGGCCUGAAGCUGCUGAAGCUUCUGCAGAACACGAGUUGGAUGUAUUGAUGGUUGAAGCAACUCAAAACGCUUCUUCUGAUCCUCUAGAGAUCUCGCCCCCUGUUUGCCUUGCAGAGGAAGGUGCCUCCCAGCAACCCGACGAGCUUUUAGGCGUAUCACAAGAGACGUCGGAGGAAAUGCAGAACCAAAGGUCUUCCUGUCAGGGUGAAAAAUUGCCACACAAAGAGGAAGAGGAGUGUUUAUCUUCUGUUGGAGACUCUGUUGUAGUAGUGUUGGAAGAAGAUGAUAGCAAGAGGACCUUCUGUGAGGCUGCUGGCCUCCCCUCCUUUGGAAAUCCCAACAAGGAAGUUGGAAUGAGCUCUUCCGGUGCUACUUUGGAACAAGGGAGCCAAUGUGAAGGAAAUAAUCUCUUCCAGGAAGUGCAGCUGGCUGGAUCAGGAGUAACGGAAAAUACAUCCCCAGCUUCCUGCGGGGGCAGCAAUGUAAAUAUGGGACAAAGUGAAUGCAAGAGCUGCACAGGGGCCAUAGACGUUAGCGUGACGUCCCAACCGUAUAUGGAAAAUGGAGACAUUGAUGUGGAGCCUUUCGGGACAACAGCUAUGGAAGGGUUGCCAUCAUCUGUUGCAUCACAAAGCAAUCCUGCCGCCUUCUUCCUUGGGAAUGGUGACCCUACUGUUGCCUCUAAAGACGAGAAUGAGCUAACCUCAGUGCCAGAAGGUCUUGUAGAUGUGGUUGCUACUGCAGAUGUUAGUUCUAUUGACAAUGGAAGGAACAAAGAGACCAGAGCAGAAAAUCAUAGCAACAGUGGACCAAAAAACACUUUGAAGGAGAAGGAGAACAUUGCUCCAAACCCUGGAAUAGAACCGUUGUCCAAAAACCUUGAAGACAUAGCUGGCUUUUCUCUGGAGCAUCGUUCUGCGAUGGAAGUGAGUGAUCAAGGGCAACGGAGAGAUGCAGACAUGGCUCCUGAAAACAGUGCUUUGGAUUUGAGCAGCAAAGGGCCGAGUAGUCCUCUAGAUGGCAAUGUCGGAAACCCCAGGAAGAGCCCAACGGGUGAGCAGCUCCAGGCUGCCUGUGGUGGAACUGAUAUCCCAGAGACCACAGCUACAGAGCAGAGUGAGCAAAAAGUAGUUGACCUGACACCAUUAGAGACUGAAGGAAAUGCCGAUCCUACCACAGUUGGUCAGGGGUCUCUGGUUGAACACCCGGAUGAGAAAAAACAGGAUUUUGGCAAAGACCAAGAGUUGAGUUCCUCUGUACUGCAGAUGCACGCAGAUCCAGUUGAUGGUCCUGAAUCGCCUCCAGAUGUUCUCAACUCUCUUACGAUGAUGCCCUCGGAUCUUGAGAAGCCUCUUUGUGGACCAGCAGAGAGGAUAGGAAGCAAAGAGGAACUGGGUCAAUCUGGCGAAAGCCUCCAAAAAUGCAUAGCUCUGACAUCAGCCUUGCUGGUUGAGAAAGCUAUUCAGGAGGCUCAGUUGAUUGUUACGCAGAAGGACAAUGCUAGAGCAGCCUCUGUUGGCCAGGGAGCUCCUUCACAGUUGGAAAGCCUUGCCCUAUCUUUGCCUGGUGAGGGCACCCAAUGUAUUCAGGAGCAUUUAAUGGGCACACCCUCUGCUGCUCUUAAUCAAGACUCCGAACAAAACCAGGAAGUAGGAGCAGCAAUAACAGCAGAGGCAGCAGAAGCAGCAGAGCAGCUGACUGGAGUGGCUGAACAGGGGAGCCCAGAGCAAGGUGAGCUGGCAGCCACGUCUCUUGCUCCGGUAGUUGGCUGGGAAGAAGACAAGGAGCACAGCUCUUCACAGCUGCCUGAAAGCGAGAAGGAACUGCUUGGCAAGACAGAGGACAGCUUCCUUCCGGGAGUCCCUGUGCAGUCGCCUCCUUGUGAUCUGGGUAAAGAGCAACCGGUGGAUGGAAGCAAUGCCGAGCCCGGCUUAAAGGAGAAAGCCACCAGUCUGGAACCUGAGGAGCAAGUAAAGGUAGAGGCGGUCAGAGAUGUUCCUCCAGUGCCUGGCUUAGCAAAAGGCGCUUCUCUUUGCAACGGGAGGACUUCUUCCCCUGAGAUCAUGCUGAACCCGGGACUUGAGCUUGGUCCAGCUGGGCAGGCAGCCUCUCCAGCUGGCAGCACCUUGGAUGCGAUCAAAGCUCCUCUGACGGCUCUUGAUCUGGCCAUGGAAACUGGUCUUUCACAGCAUGGAGAGGAGGAGGAGGGGGAGGAGGAGGGGGAAGUGGAAAAUAUCCCUUCCCGAAUAUUGCUUCAGCCAAUUGCUGAAGAGCCCCUUGGUGACUGUGAUUCCGGUUCCGAAAUGCUUUCGUUGGCUUGUGAAAUGGACGUUACGAAGCUGGGAGAGUCGGAAGAAGGGAACGGGAGGAGGACUAGCCAAGAUGAACCAGAAUCCCUUCCCUUGCCUCUCUGCGCUCUUCCUGUGACCGAGCAGUCGGACAAAGUUGGAACGAAAGAAGCUGCUCAGCAACCUGAUCAUCUGUUGGAUAAUGCUGACCCAAUGCCCGGUCAAGUGAUAUUGCCGGCAGAAGCACAUGUCCCUCUGGAAUCUCUCGCUGGAAAUCCCGUGGAAGUCCCCUGCUUGGUGCAAGCCAGCUCCGAGCCUGGAUGUCUCCUUAAUGGAGUGAAAGAGGAGUUACAUUUACAGCCCGGUAGCAAAAUGAACUCUGCAACCUUGGAACUAACCAACUCUUCACCUGUUUCAGACUCUCUGGAAAUGAAAAUUGAAGAAGAAAUGGAUUUUCUGACGGAUCUAGCUGAGAACGUUACUUCUGAAGGAACGAUUAACCGUGACAACUGGUGCCCUGUUGAACCUUCUCCAGAUUCCUUAUUGUUGGAGCCGAAGCAUCCUUGCAACUCUGCAGAAAGUGAUACUUUUCUAGAAGACAGAUUAAGUGGCGAUGGUUCUUCCUCACAAGGCAUCCUUAAGAGAGGAUCCGGGAGCGACUCUGAACUUUUUCCUCUCUCCAGGGAUGGUCUGGACGAGGUGGACUUUAGAAAGCAGCCUGAAGAGGAGCAAUCAGCCGGUAGAAGUUCAACCUCCUCAGCGGACGAUACUAUAUCGCUGGAAAGGAACUCUUCCAUUGGUAGUAACCUUUCUGUUCCUCGGACGCCUGGCCUCCCUGGAUCCAAGGAGAGGUACAGCCCAGAUGGCAGCUGCUUCAACAUGGGGACGAACGGAGAAGGUCAAGAUGGCAUGGCAGUGAUCUCUGGAGAACUGGACGAAUUGCUGGAUAGCGUCAUGGAGGUGUCCCCUCCUUCUUCUGGCCUGCGGAACAAUUUGAGGCCCUUGUCUCCUUUCCGUCGGCAUAGCUGGGGCCCAGGGAAGAAUAGUAACAACGGUGAAGCUGAGGUCAACCACAGGAGUUCAGUGCGACUGCUGGGGGAAGUCGUAAGGAAAACUCCCUCCCAUAGAAGAAGUUUGAGCUGGUGUCCCUCAGGUGUCCAGUGCAAUGCCAUGGAUGCUGACUUUAAUGGUCGAAGUUACAGCUUAGAAGGUCUUUCCAGAGAGGCUGAUGAUACUACUAAGCCAUCCUCAAGUCUCGAUGUAGCAUCUAUGAACACCAAAGAUCUUCGGCGGAGUCCCCUAGCAAAUGAUGAACGAGGGUCCCUGGUCUCGCUCACUGAAGAGGAACAGGAAUCAGAGCUAGGAGAAAUGAGAAGUCAGAUUCUCCAAAGACCACAGCCCCGCUCCUUCGGCUUCUCCACAAGUCCCGUUUCUCCUCCAUUAACGAAAUCCAUGUCGCUGAUGACCAUCGCCCAAGCGGAAUCAGACAAUACACAGGGACGGAUUCAGCCACCUAGACGGGUUUUCUUCUCCUUCAGCAUCUCUCCUCUCAUUCCUAAGUCUAAAACUGUCUUUUCUGUUGACUCUUCUUCCAGUGAUGAGGAGGAGAAGUUGGAGAGCAUCCGAUCCUUCAACAGCUCCUUGACUCAAAGCAUCAGCGAGGAGAGUGGCAGUUUCCAACCCCCCAGCCCCUCAAGAAAAGAUUUGGAAGCCAAAAGUGGAACGAAAGUCAGCCGUACAUUCAGCUACCUCAGGAAUAAAAUGUCCAGCAGUAAGAAGAGCAAAGAGAAAGAGAAAGAGAAAGAGAAACUGAAGGAACGGGAUAAAGACUCCAAGGAAAAAGAUAAAGAUAACAAGAUACUAAAUGGCCAUCUCUUCAGUGCCAUCUCAACUGUGGGGCCCGUCAGUUGCUACCACUGUCUCAAGCCCUUCAACAAAGAUUCAUUCGUCUGUGCAAAUUGUGGUGCCAUUGUCCAUAAAAGCUGCAAAGAAAGUGUAGCUGCUUGUGCCAAGGUCAAAAUGAAACUCCAGAAAAACCCAAGUGGGCUUCAGCCUCACGAUACUUCUUCAUUGCCCACAGUAAUUAUGAGAAAUAAGAGUUCUCAGCCAAAAGAGCGUCCCAGAUCAGCGAUUCUUGCUCCUGAUGAGAACGUAACGACCUCAGUGUUCAAUAGUAGGCGAUCCCAGCAGAACCUGUCCCUUUCAAAGAGCGUUUCCAUUCAGAACAUUGCUGGAGUCGGAAACGAUGAAAGUAUCCUUCAUACGCGGAAAUUUCUCUCCCAAUCAACAGACUCCUUGAAUAAAAUCAGCCGGGUAAAUGAAUCCAUGGAAUCAUUAACAGAUGAAGGGGCAGACAUGAAUGAAGGACAGCUCAUGGGAGAUUUUGAAGCAGACUUGAAACAUCUGGAAGCUCAGUCUUGGAGUCAAGUGGUAGACAGCAAGUUUCUCAAACAGCAGAAGAAAGACAUUGUGAAGCGACAGGAUGUCAUUUAUGAACUGAUACAGACGGAGAUGCACCAUGUCCGGACCUUGAAGAUCAUGAGUGAUGUCUACAGCAGAGGCAUGGUGCAGGAGCUACAGUUUGAGCAGCAGAUGGUGGAGAAAAUCUUCCCUUGCUUGGACAACUUGCUGAACAUCCAUAGCCAGUUCUUUCAGAGGAUUCUGGAGAGGAAGAAGGAAUCCCUGGCUGACCGAAGUGAGAAGAACUUUGUCAUCAAGAGGAUAGGGGACAUCUUGGUGAAUCAAUUUUCUGGGGAGAACGCUGAGCGAAUGAAGAAAACGUACGGGAAGUUCUGUGGGCAUCACAAUGAGGCUGUGAAUUACUUCAAAGACCUUCAUUCCAAGGAUAAAAGAUUUCAGGCCUUCAUCAAAAAAAAGAUGAGCAGCUCUGUGGUGAGGCGCUUGUGCAUCCCUGAAUGCAUCUUGCUAGUAACGCAAAGGAUCACCAAAUACCCAGUGUUGCUACAGAGAAUAUUACAAUAUACCAAAGAAAACGACACUGAACAUCAAGACUUGGUGCUUUCGUUGAACCUGGUGAAGGAAGUCCUAACUGCAGUCGACAGCAAAGUAAGCAACUAUGAGAAGAAGAUGCGUCUCAGCGAGAUCUACACCCGGACGGACAGCAAGUCGAUCAUGAGAAUGAAGAGUGGACAGAUGUUUGCUAGAGAAGAUCUGAGGCGCCGGAAGUUUGUCCGAGACGGACUGGUUGCUCUCAAAAACGUAGCUGGGAGAUUGAAAGAAGUCCUAGCUGUUCUUCUCUCAGAUGUUCUGAUAUUUCUCCAGGAAAAGGAUCAAAAAUACGUAUUUGCAUCCCUGGAUCAAAAAUCCACCGUGAUCUCAUUAAAGAAGCUGAUUGUCCGUGAAGUUGCCCAUGAGGAGAAGGGCUUGUUCCUGAUCAGCAUGGGAGGAAAAGACCCUGAGAUGGUGGAAGUGCAUGCCAGCUCAAAGGAGGAGCGUAACAGCUGGAUUCAAAUCAUCCAAGACACUAUCAACACUAUGGACAAAGAGGAAGAUGAAGGUAUUCCUAGUGAAUCCGAAGAGGAGAAGAGGGUGCUGGACACCAAGGCCAGGGAACUGAAAGAACAGCUCCAGCAAAAAGAUCAGCAAAUAAUCACCCUCUUGGAGGAAAAAGAGAAGAUUUUCAGAGAUAUGACGGAUUGCAGUGGGCAUGAAGAAGGACUCGGGUCUGGCGCCAGGAUGCUGUUCCGGGCAAACACAGAGGAAGCACCGAAAGGAGAAAGCAUAAUGAAGAAUCUGAUCAGUGAAGUCGAGCAGCUGCAAGGUUUGGUGAGCAGAAGCCUCGGAAGUGCUUUUGGGCAGCAGAUGACCAAUCUGGCUUCCGAUCAGGAGAGUGUGGGGCCCAUCUCUCUCCCCAGGAGGGCAGAGACCUUCGGAGGAUUUGACAGCCACCUAAUGAAUGUCUAUAAAGGUGGCGAGAAGGAUGAAGGAGAAGAAGUACAAGAUCUUCGGAGGACGGAGUCUGAUAGCGUGUUGAAGAAGGGAGGAACAGCUAACUUGAUGUUUGUGCUGAAGAGAAACAAUGAGCAGGUUCUCCAGAGUAUCACUCAGCUUCACAGCUUGCUGGGCUUAUUACAGGCUGUUGUUGUGCAACAGGACACCUACAUUGAAGACCAGAAGCUGCUGCUCACCGAGAGGGCCUUGAGCCGCAUCUCCUUCCGACCCAACUCCUUGAUUGAGCAGGAAAAGCAACGCAGCCUGGAGAAACAGCGGCAAGAGCUCGCCAACCUGCAGAAGCAGCAAACCUUGCACCAGGAGGAAAGGAGGAAGAAAGAGAAGGAGUGGGAGGCCAGAGAGAAAGAGCUCACUGAGCGGGAAUCUCAGCUGGGCCAGAGGGAAGAGCAGAUCCAGAAAGGGCAACACAGUCUGGAGAAGGAGCGGGAAGAGCUGCAGCAGAAGAAAGCGGCCUAUCAACUCGAUCUGGAACGUCUCCGGACGGCCCAGAAGCAACUGGAGAAAGAGAAGGAGCAACUGAAGAGGGAAAUGGAGCAAAUAUCUCAACCCCAGAUGGAACCCAAUGUCAAACCGAAUCCCAACCAACAUGCCAAAAUGAGCAGAACCCCUUCCCUUCUUCCCACAGAGGACUUGCCUUCUAGACAGUUGUGUUCCUCGUUGCCCAAAGGGCACUUGGAUACAGAACUUUCUGCCUCGUCCAAAAGGAACAGUCUCUCAAGGACGAAUAAAGAGAAGAGCUCUUUUCAUUUGAUUGGCACUACAACUUCAGGCCAAACCAACAAGCCAACUGAAGGACCUGGGCAGAUACCCAACCGCCUGUUUGGCUUAGCCAAGCCGAAGGAGAAGAAGGAGAAGAAGAAGAAGAGCAAAAGGGAUCGGUCCCAGACUUCUGAUGCUCACUCUCCAGAAGGAGCACCAGAAAGCGAGGAGAUCUUUUGCUGAUCCCAUGUCUUGUCUCCAGCCAGGCCUCUUCCAGAUCUGCCCUACACUGAGAGGCCAAAGAAUCGAACAACUAUUCUUUAUUCUAGACAUUGAACUAUGUUGGGCUUUAUCACCUUUCUCUCCUACACAAUCCACUGUCCAUUCCCACUUCUGGAUCUUCUUGAAUACGUCGCAUCUGAAAACAUGUCCACAAGGGCAGGAGGAGGAAGAGGAGGAGCAACCACAUGGAAGAACUGUGGAUACGGCCAAAUUGGGCAGGCUCAGUUUGGGUUCAAUGUGAUCUGAAGAGCUCUGAUUCUCUGUUGCAAUGCUAGCUCGUGACUUGUCUAGGCAGAUAUUCCUUUCUUUCCUUUUCAUCUUGAACAACAGGGAAUUUGUGAACAAGGGCAACAAACCUCACCUUCUCUUAGGAAACCACCACCAAAAUCAAAAACCUUCUAUAGUUUGGGGGGGGGGAAUGUGACUCUUUACCCAGUGUUUCUACACUGGUCUAUAUAGAUGUAAUGUAUACCCACGUCUACACGUACUUAACUCAAUAUAGAGAUAUAUAUACACACACACACAAAUAAAUGUAGCUCCAUAUCCUUUGGAUAUGCCGUAUGUCUGUACAGAAAAACUAAGGAACUUUUAGACCUAUCCUAAUGGGGUUGGCAGAUACCUGAGUGUAACUGUUCAGGGAUUGAUUGGGUCAAGGGCUACAUAGGGCUUGGUUUGAGUUGCAAAGUUGGCCUGCAUCAAGAUCAUAGGGACUGUUUUGAAGUGGAAGGGCCCCUUAAAGCAAGAUUCCUGGGGAAUGGUUGAAGCAUAUUGCCAAGAGGCAGAAAAAGAAAGAAAAGAAAAGAAAUAUAAAAUGGAUUGGAUUGGAACCAACGCGUGGUUGGAGAUUGGAGAGGUGAAACGGGGCCGUUGUCGGAAAUUAGAAAAACCCACUCUAAGAGUCAUCUCGGAAGAGUUAACAAAGGAAAAACUGAAAUCGCCUUGAAUUUCCAUGGAAUUGUGAGGUACAUCCUAACUGCCUCUAUGGGAUCUGUCUACCUAGGAAGAAGCAACACCCAUUGAGUUGGCAAUGCAGUUGAAGAAUCUGAAGAAGAUACAGACUCAAACUGAAUUCGUUGUUCCUGUUUCCCCGGCUUCUCCUCCCAAACACUCCUGUACACAUUUUCUCCCGAUGUCAUUGUAUCGUCUCGCUAGAAACUAUGUUGAGGAAGUGGGUGACUGUAAUCAGGGUGAAAGAGUUGUGAUAGAAGAAGUACAAUUAUAUUGGCUGGGUAGAAUUUUUUUCACAUGGAUUAAAGAGACACACACACCUCCAUACCCUUGAACGUAACUUUCCAGAUUGGAUAGAUUCGUUGCUUUAAGAACGGUAGAAUUCCCAUCUCAAUGCUAUCAUCUUUUUGGGGUGAGGACAAACUAUCAUUUUUGAGGUGGCGAUUGCCAGGAGUUGAAAAAUGUAUGUAAAUGUACAGACACCCCAAAUCUAUUUGCUGCAAACCUACUCCUCCCAAUUGCUCCUUUAUUAAGACUGGCCUUAAUUCAUGGGUAGAGAAAAAAUGAUCUCUUUUGAUUUAUCCAAGGGCAACCAUCAGGCCUUCAUCCGCGAUCAACACAUAAAAUGUAUAUUUGGUUUUUUUUGCAUAUGUGAAUAGUCAUCAAUCGGUUUCAGAAAAUAAGUCCUCUGAAUUUGGUCUCCUCGGCAUGGAAUGUAAGGAAGUGCUUUGCUUCUGUUUCCCCACCUGCAAAUGGAUAUUAUGGAUGGUCUCCUCAUCUGCUAGAUGGGGAAUGUCUUUCUUGUAGACCUCCUUUCCAUGCAUUUUUGUUUAGAAAAGCAUGUGGAUGCUUUGCUCCAGGCAAAGGGAGCAGGGGAGAAAAUGGAUCGUUUCCCUUGAAUCAUUCACACCAACGGUAGAUGCUAUUGUCAGGCCUGCCUUCCUUCCUUCCUUCCUUCCUUCCUUCCUUCCUUCCUUCCUUCCUUCCUUCCUUCCUUCCUUUCCCCCCAAGUCUAACCCUGUAGGAUCAUCUGGCCCAUUUUAGUACAUAGUAGGGAGUUCUAUCCCGGCCGAGGAAUUUAAAUUUAAUCUCCUCUUCUUCUCCUCUCACAUUAAGUGACAAACGGCAAGGAAUUCUGGCGUGGUGAGAAAGGAGAGAUUGGAAGAACCAAUAAGCAGCUCCGUUUGAUGAUUUGGGAUGAGUACAGAAGGACAUCCUUGCGCUGCAAACCCAUUCUUCCCCAUGUCGCCCAGAGAUUAUCCCGAUAGGCUGAGCGAAUAGCCAAGAAAUCUGUUUAGCUUUAAAGCUUGAGGGGGAGGGACCAUUUUUAGUUAUCCCACUCCUUCAAAGAAGGUUUUGCACUAUUGUUCCACCCUCGUGUUCUCUCUCUUAGAACAUCUCCAGAGCCAUUUUCACACAUCGCCCAAUAUUUGCAAAAACCAGGAAAAAAAGGAGGAGGAAAAAAAAAAACUUUUAAUGAAUGUGCCUUUACAUAUGUAGAUAAUCUCUGGGGACCUGGCUGAAUCUGAUGUUCUCUAAAAAGAAAUUCACGCUGUCCAAAAACAAAGCCAGAGGCAGCUAGAAGAAUUUUAUUUGUUAUAUUUUUUUUUAAUUUUUAUUACCACAAUUGUUAUAUGUGAUAUUUGUUCUCAGUUGCAAGCUGGGCUUGCGUUGGAAAAAAUAUAUAUAUAUCUUUCUGUUUGUUUGAAAGAAGUCUGGAUUUUUAAAAAUGACAAAAUGUUUACUUGGGAUUGUCUGUUUUUGCUUUAUUUUUAAGCUGGGCUUAUGAAGCCCAAAGAAUGUUUGUUUGUGUGUGUGUGUGUGUGUGUGUGUGUUAGGGUGUAUCCGUGCUUCUUCUUUUUUGUUGUUGUUGUUACUACUUAUGUAAAUAUAUCAUGGGAUUAUUGAUGUGCUAUUUGAAUAAAACCAGCAUUAAAUGCUAUCAACCACUGCUAGGAAAGAACCUGUAACGUUCAGCAUCUCUUGGCCAAAGGAAACUUAAGAUGCUAAGACGGGUGGCUGGCUCUUUGCAGAAAAACAAAACUGGAGUCAGUUCACACCGUGUGAAUGCUUACUCCACUGUCAUGGGUGCUAAAGAGGAAUGGCAGGUUUUGAAAAAAAAAGCACUUCAUAACUGCCAAGGAACAUCUCUGUUGCACCAAACACUCUUGAGUUUGACGAAUCUACUUCUUCCUGCAAUGGAAUUCAAUCUUAAAUUUUGAAGAGAGUUUAGUUUAAUUUAAUCUUGCGUUCUUCCUCUCUGCAAUGCACCAUGUGAGCGCAGAGAGACGCAAGAUGGAGGAAAGAGAAAAAAAAGACGCCAGUGGAUGCCGAAAGCUCUUAGCCAAAAUCUCCGCUGCCAUUCUUUCUUUUUCGUCACAGAGAGACCACGUAUAACCCGAUCGAGAUGGAUUUAUGUAUUUCAAGGAAAUCUGUGGGUAUUAUGAGUUCUUUAUAUCUUGUUCAUUUCCUGUCCAGCUAGAUUACAGUUGGUUACUGUGAUGAGUUCUUUUUUUUUUGGCAAGGAUUGUGUGCCCUAGCAUCACAAAUUAUAUGACAAUGCAUUGCUCUCAUUUGAGUUCCUCCCGCUUCUUCCCAUAGGCUUUUGAGAAGGUACCAAGUUGCGUGUUUCCUAUUGAAAUAUAUCUCGAAAAGGAAAAAGAAAAACCUUUAAAAAUAAAAAAAAAUGUACAUCAGUGGAGAAUCAAAAGGAAAAAAAACUGUUAUAUAUUCAUUUGUAAUUAUGUAAAAAAAAUAUAAGUUAGGUUUAUGAUUGUAAAUUUUUAAUUUCCCAUGCUGUAAUUUGCAAAAUGAAAAAAAAAAGAUUUUUCAUAAUCUUUUAUUUAUCUACCUUUCUUGCUACGGAAAAACAACUCUUGUAAAAAGUUAAAUUUCCCUACCCCUUUAAAAUAAAUGUUGAUUCUAAGUCAGAUGA